GGGCGGGCGCUUCCUGCGGGAAGGCGGCCGGGGGGCGGGCGCGGACACGUGCGGGGCGAUGGCGCGGGAAGGCGCGGGGCUCUUCGCCCCGUUCCGGGUGCUCGGCCGCUUCAGCGGGCACGUCCCGCACGUCCUGCGCUAUCACGGCCGCCACCGCGAGUUCUACCUGGCCGUCGCCGUCGGGCGCAGCAUCCACACCUACAAUGUUAAGAAGCUUGGUAUUGUUGCUGUGAGUAAUACUUUGCCACAAGACAUCACAUGUUUGGCAGCAGAUCGCAUGUUGAUCUUUGCUUCAUACGACAAUAUUCUCCAUGCUUUUGCCAGGAACAAAGAGGUGGUUCAUACCUAUGAAGGCCACAAGGCAAAGAUACACCUUCUGCAGCCUUUUGGUGAUCAUGUCAUCACUGUGGAUGUUGAUAAUGUUCUUAUUGUUUGGAAUAUACAGUCAGAAGAAGAGUAUCUUCAAAUAGAUUUUGAUAAAGCCACUUUUGCAGUUUCUGCACUUCUGCAUCCCAGCACCUAUCUGAAUAAAAUUCUCCUUGGGAGUGAACAAGGAACCUUGCAGCUAUGGAAUAUAAGAUCCAACAAACUCUUGUACUCGUUUCCAGGAUGGGGCUUAGCCAUCACAACUCUCGAACAAGCUCCAGCCGUGGAUGUUGUUGCUGUCGGCCUUGUAUCUGGUCAUAUCAUUGUGCAUAAUAUUAAGUUUGAUGAAACUCUGAUGAAAUUUCAACAGGACUGGGGUCCCAUCACAGCAAUAUCUUUUCGUACAGAUGGACACCCAGUCAUGGCAGCUGGUAGCCCAGCUGGACACAUUGCUUUAUGGGAUCUAGAAGAGAAGAAACUGAUGUGUCAGAUGCAAGAUGCCCAUUCCACAGCAAUAGCUGGCAUGACGUUUGUCCCUGGAGAGCCACUUCUUAUUACUAAUGGUGCUGAUAAUGCUCUACGGGUUUGGAUUUUUGAUGGACCUGGUGGUACAGGUCGAGUAUUGAGAAGCCGAAUGGGACAUAGUGCACCACCAACAAAAAUCAGAUAUCAUGGGCAAAAUGGAGAGCAAAUUCUUAGUGCAGGUCAAGAUGGAACAUUGCAAUCUUUUUCAACAGUGCAUGAAAAGUUCAAUAAAAGUUUAGGACGUGGUUCAAUUAAUAAAAAGAAAUCAAAAAAGAAAGGCCUUAAGCUGGAUACAAUGGCACUUCCACCGAUUACAGCCUUUGCUUCAGAAGUGGCACAUCAGAGUGACUGGGAUGGUAUUGUUGCCUGCCAUCAAGGGUAUAUAACCUGUACAACCUGGAACUAUCAGAAAACCUCCAUGGGAGCUCACAAACUGAGGCCAGAAGAAUUUAGCAAACACAAACCUAUUGAUAUCUAUGCAACAGCAGUUGACAUUACCUCCUGUGGUAACUUUGCUGUAAUUGGGAUGUCAACUGGACAGGUAGAUGUGUAUAACAUGCAGUCUGGCAUUCACAGAGGGCGUUAUGGCAAAGAAACAGCACAUGAAGGGGCCAUUAGAGGAGUAGCAGUGGAUGGAUUGAACCAGCUGGUAAUCACAGCUGGUAGUGAAGGAUUAAUUAAAUUUUGGAAAUUCAAAAUGAAAGAUCUGGUUUAUUCCACUGAACUUUCUUCUUCGCCAAGUGGAAUUCUGCUUCACAGAGACAGUGGUAUUCUGGGAAUUGCCUUUGAUGACUUCACUAUUAGUGUUUUGGAUAUAGAAACCAGGAAGAUUGUCAGGACAUUCUCAGGACACCAUGGACAGAUUAAUGACAUGACUUUCAGUCCUGAUGGUCGUUGGCUGAUAACUUCAUCAAUGGACUGUUCCAUUAAGACUUGGGACCUUCCCUCUGGAUGUCUCAUAGAUUGUUUUUUGGUAGACUCUGCAGCUGUGAGCCUUAGUAUGUCCCCUACAGGAGAUUUUCUGGCUUCAGCACAUGUGGAUGAUCUUGGAAUUUAUCUGUGGUCAAACCGUUCUUUGUAUUCACUUGUGUCAUUACGGCCCCUUCCUGCAGAUUAUGAGCCAUCUUUGGUGACACUCCCCAGCACCUGCCCCAUGCAAGAUGUGGAUGUGUCAGGAGAUGAAGAGCCGUGUGAUGAAAUGAUAGAAUAUGUCUCACCUGAGCAAUUGGGAGAGCAGCUGGUGACACUUUCCUUGUUACCGGAAUCAAGAUGGAAAAAUCUCCUCAACCUUGAUAUUAUCAAGAAAAAAAAUAAACCAAAAGAGCCACCAAAAGUUCCAAAGUCGGCACCUUUCUUCAUCCCAACACUUCCUGGUCUUAUACCCCGAUACAUUUUACCAGAGGAGGAAAAUGAUACACAGUCGAAGGUGGUAAACCUUGGGGUACUGGUGCAGAAAUCUGAUUUCUACCUUCAUCUUGAAGAAGCCCUGAGCACCAAUGAAUAUAAAGCUCCACUUGACUUGCUGAAAGCCUUGGGGCCAUCUAAUAUCGAGGUAGAGCUACGGGGUUUGGCCCCGGAAGGUGGUGGCUCAGUGGAGGUGAUGCUGAGCUUUCUGAGAAUGAUUGAGAUGAUGCUGAACAAGAAGUACAACUUUGAACUCGCUCAGGCAUACCUGGCGCUGUUUUUAAAGUUACAUCUUAAGAUUCUCUCAUCAGAGCCAAAACUCAUGGAAGAAUUAUCCAAAUUGUCAAUGCAACUUGAGGAAACUUGGAUUCACUUGCGGGCUCUCUUCAAUCAGAGUCUGUGUGUUUUAACAUACAUGAAAAGUGCUUUGCUGUGAAAUACUUCAGGGCUUUGUCUGCAUAAGAUUUCCCUCAGAGUAAUAGUACAGUUUAUUACCAAAAAUACUGGAUUCCAAAAAUCACACUGGGUCUUGGAGUUGUAAAAUCAUUAAGGUUGGAAAAGACCUUCAAGACCAUCAAGUCUUCGGCUGGAUAUCACCCUGUCCACUAAGCCAUAUCACAAAGUGCCAGACUACUCAUUUUUUUUAAUACUUCCAAGGGAUGGUGAUUCCACCAUCCUAUUCCAGUGCUUCUACUGGUGCUGUAUUUUAUACAUCUACAUAUAGCAGAGUAUUUUAGAACAUGCCUAAAUAACUGCCUAUUUUUGGUUCACUUCAGUUGGAGAAAAAAUUACUACGUGCAGCUAAAGUAUUUGUUGUGUUGGUCUGUGCUGUCAAUGGACAGAUAUUUGGAUUCAAGGCCCUGAGCAACCUGGUGUUGUGGAAGAUGCCCCUGCCCCUGGCAGGGGUUGAAAGUAGAUGAUCUUUAAAGUUCCUUCCAACUCAAGCCAUCCAAUGAUUCUCUGAUUCUGUGGCUGCAUAAAAUGUAGUUCACAAUGAAGAAAUGAUUUGUGGGGAAAAAAAGAUGUGGGAAUAUAACUUCCAUGCAGGAGACCAAAUAUUAUAUUGUUCUUAAUAAAGUCAUUGUUGAUGCAGAAAUGAAACAAUAUGUCUGAAUUGUUAAUACUUUAUUAACAUUAGUUUAGAGCAAAGUAAUUUAAAAAUUGUGUUCCUCUGCAAUUAGAGCACUUGCCUUACGAUGUUUUUAAAAAUCAGUUGUCUUCUCACUUUAGUAGAUACCUAUUUCUGAAGGCAGAGAUUUCCAGCUCUAUUAAAAAUUAUUGAACUGCAAAAAGCCCCUAAAAACCCAAGUGAUGCCUGGAAAGGCUGGCCUGGAACAGAGACUUGACAGAGUAAAAGGAAUAAAAUAGAUAUUUAUUGAAAGAAUGCACUUUGGGCAGUGCAAGAGCCUGACCAGGGCUACACCCAAACCAAAUCCAAGGUAGAUCCCAGUCACAAGUUUUUACACUUUUAUGAGUUUUGGUUCAUCUACAUAUUGGGGUCAAUUGUCCAACUACUGCCCCAGACUAUGAGGUCUCAGCCCCCUGGCUUGCCCCCUUCCUUUUGCCAUUGUUGAUGCUUUUUGGGUACCAUUGUCCUUGAUUCUCUAGAAAGGAGGGAUUGUUUGUCUAACUCCCCUGAGAACUUACUAACACCUAAUAGGAAUUUUCAGAGUUACACACCAAGCAUCAGCGAGUCUGAAAAAUAUAAAGCUAAAACCCAAGGUUUCACAAGCACCAAACUAAACAAACAAAAACAAAUUUUUGGGAGGACCAGUUUCAUAUGAUAAUAGUUUCUUUUUUAAAGAUGAAAAAUUACUGGAAAAAAAAGCAUUAUUUUGAGGAAUUUUAAAAUAAAUCAGACAGGUUUUUUUACAAAUUGAUAUUGAGGUUUCAAACCAUAAGGUUUAGGUAUUGUUUGGGACAUCAUGAGUGAAAUUAUCUUGAGCUUUGCCAUUUGAGAGUACUUCCUCCUAGUUGAAGAAUCUCCUGAACAAGGCCUGUGCAGUAGUUCACGAGCUCAAGCUACGUACUCAGACUAGCAGAAUAACUAAUACAUGUAAUUUCAGUGAGUAAACUUGAAAGAUGAUUCAUUGCAUUUGACAGAAGUCUGAAGCAAUAUUGUGGGUCAGUUGUACUGUAUAGCUGUUUUUUUUUUAAUGCCAUCAUAUUGUAGAAACCUAUUGAGUCCUGUGUACUGGAAUAAAUUAUCUGCAAAUAUAGAAUCCUGCAACAACAGAAGGUCUUGGAUGGAAAGGGACCUUAAAGAUCAUCCACUUCCAACCCCUUGCCAUGGGCAGAAACACCUUUCAUAGACCAGGUUGCUCAGGGUCCCUUCCAACCUGACUGGACACUUCCAGGGAUGGGGCAUCCACAGCUUCUCUUGGUAAUCUGCCAUGGUGUCUCACCGAUGUCACAGGGAAGAAUUUCCUGUUAAUAUCCCAUCUGAACCUACUGUUCUUGAGUCUAAAGCCAUCAUAUACACACAAGGUUUACGAAGUUUGCUACUGAGAUUUAAGAAAAUCCUUUGUACCACAGAGUUACUAGUUUCAGGUGAUAAGGUUCUUGACAACCCAUUUCUCCCAAUUUAUUGGAUUGAUCUGAAGUUGUCCAAAAUCCCUUAAAUGUUAGCGUAAUACAUAAUUAACCUCUCACCUUGCAGUAACUCCUUUAGAAAAUCUUACAGAAUAAUUUUCUGAAUAAAGACAGUAUGUUCAAAGGUUAAUAAGGCAGUGUUUGCAGACCUGCCUCAGUGGAGGAAGAAAGAGUGGAUAAAGAAGGUUCAUCCUGGAUCAGAGGAAGGCUCUGUCAAGCCCACUAUUCUGCUGGAGGAAGGAAGAGAUGUCGUAUAGCAGCCUGGUCGUGUAUAGAAUGACCCUUUCUCAAGCAUAACACAGCACCUUUCAGCAGACAGCAAUUAGAUACUCUGUGACCCAGCUGUAGCCUGACUGUUGUGUUUAAUGUUCUGUGACAGACCUUUUGUUCUCUGUGAGUUCAUCUAAUCUCUUUUAGAACCCAUUUAUCCUUCACAACAUCCUGUAGUAAUGGAGCCUGCAAUUUAAUUAACGAGAAUAAUGCAUUUCUGUUUAUAUACUCCAGACCUGCUAUUUUCUAAUGUUGUAUGCCCCUCCUUGAAUGUGAGAAAUAUCAAUUGUACUCUAGUCUUCAUGCUUCACAGGCUUUGCCUCAGAGCAGUGGUGAAAUGGUUUCUACUCAUGAAGGACAUACUUUAUUUUGCUGAGUGCACAUGUCUACCUUUUCACUGACAUCCAAGAAGCUUUUCUGGGCACAGAUGUUUAAAUCUGUGUGUACAAGAUUUGUAGGUACAAAACCUGUAAGGAUUGUAGAGUAGGGGGGUUUUUUCCCCCUCUGUUUUCUUGGUCUGCUUGAUGUAAUCAUAAGAAAAAAGUACCAGUCUAUAUUCUUCUUAAAUCAGAAACAUCAGGGUAAUUUUUGUGAACAAUGUAUGUGUAGCCCAGUUAACAUGAUGUUUUCAGUCUGUAUGACCUCAUUCAAUGUGUUUAAUGCAAUUUUUUAUAUCAUACAUGUACGUGCUUUAAGUCCACCUGGAACACUUCAUUAUCUUCCUUCAGAAUAUAGUAUUUAGAUGUGAGUGAUAUCUUAGCUUCUUUAUUCUUAUAUCUUUUUCUCAAAAUUUCUACUUAUCACUGCUAUUUCAGGGGUGUUUUACUAUUAUUAGAGCUGUGGAGUCUUCUACUAGUAGUUCUGAUUGCUUCAUGUUCUUGGUCUUUUAUUUUGUCCUUUUUACCCCACAUCAAAAUGAUUAACAACUUGCCACUAAUAAAAAACUUCUUCAGAAAUAAAAAAUAAAUUCCUCCUGGUAGUGGAUGAAGGUAGAUAUUUCACCUGCUAUUUCCUGUACUUUUCCUUCCCCUGAGACAUCAAGGGCAAUAUUUUGUGAUAUUAGUCUAAAAUUGUUGAUUACAAGUAGUAACACACUUAAAAACUGAAUUUGAUAAUUUGGGCUUUAUGUUGCCCAUAAGAACUCACAUUAGUAUGAUGCUUUUGGAAUAUGCAAUAGGAUGUGGAAAAAAUUCUAGAUGGAUGAAGGGAUAUAGUUGUUAACUCUAGGCUUUCUUCCAAGCAGGGCAGCUACUGGGGAUUUUAGCAUUCUUACACAAUGCCAAGCCAUCUUAAGCUAGCUCUGAGAAGCAGCUUGCUGUUAAAAUUGUCCUUGUUACUGUGUGUCACAGCACUCCUUCCAGCUUCUUCUCAAGCCUCUGUUCCUGUGCUUCCUUUUCACCAUGAUUUUCUCAAAUCUUUUGGUGCUGCUGCCCCUUGCAACUCCUGUACACAGCCGUCCUGUAAGUUAGAUCUCUGUACUUCCACUAUUUUCCUUUGACUGUUAUUUUUUCCAAAUAGAUUUGGUACUCAUGUUUGUUUUGACUCUAAGCCUGGUAGUUGGACCUUGCUACCUGAAUUUGCUGCUGGGUGGAUUCACACCCUGCAAAGUGAACUUAGCUCUCCUCUGAACUGUAAGAAGUCUUCAACUUAGUCUUUGCUUUCCUUUUUUGUUCAAAUAAAAAUAGAGGUAUUAUGAGGAGAUGCAUGCAAACAUGAAGAGACAGUAAAAGGAUACCAGUGUUUACAUUGGCUACAUUUUUCAGUAGCCAAGGUGGAACUCUGACUUGAAGCCCUUCAACAUUUUGUACAUUUCAAAUUUAACUCUUACUUCUUCAAGAAAAAUACUAGAUCUCGUAUCUGUGCAGGUUGUCAUACUGCAAAUGUUGUAAUCCUACAACUAGAAGACAUUAAUUUGCAUUAGAUGGAUUAGAAAAGGCAGGGUAUUUGUUGGCAUGUUUGAACUCUGUAAUAAACUGUGUUUAAGGAGUUUAGCAUUGUUUAAGGAUCACUAUUAUAUAACUGGUUUAUAAUAUAAUAUAAGUUCUUUAUAACAUAAGUGUUGUCUGUUGGUGUGAGCUGAUGUUCCCUGAGUGUCCUACGUUAAUCUUCUCAGCACAUGACGAUUUGUAUCUUAAGAAGAGCUAUUUGUUUUAUGAAAAAUUAUCUUUUCAUUAAAUGUACCUUUUUAGAGGUGAGGAAUCCAAUCAGUGCAAGGACUGGCUUCCUUUACUUUUGGAUGUAUUUGCAGUAUGUGUUAGAGAAGGCCAAAACGCUGUCAUUAAAUGUCCUUAACCCUGUGCUUUUCUUUUUGUGAAGCUGGGGUGAAUUGAGGAAAGCAAAAUGAAAGAUAAAAUAACUAAGAUUUUUCUA